CGCGGUGAUGGCUGCGGCCUGGCCCUGUCAGACCGGGCCCUGACGGCUCCAGCCGCCGCUUCCCUCCUCCUCUACCUGGGCUUUGCCUCUCGCUGCCCCGCGGGCACUCCUCACGGCACAGCCCCGGCCUGGCCCGAAGCGCCCGCGCGGCGUGAUGGUUCCGGUCGCGGUCUGAACCCUCCCUGGCUCCUCCUGGGAGCCACCCAGAGCCGGGGGAUCCCUGGGGCGGCUCUGGAGCGUUCUGCAGUAUGGAGCCGCUGCCCGAGCUCUACGCCGUCUUUCAGGGAGAGGUUGCUGCAGUGACAGAAUAUGGAGCAUUUAUAAAAAUUCCCGGCUGCAGGAAGCAAGGCCUUGUCCACAGGACCCACAUGUCCUCCUGCCGUGUAGACAAGCCCUCAGAGAUAGUGGAUGUUGGAGACAAGGUGUGGGUGAAGCUUAUUGGGAAAGAGAUGAAAGAUGACAAACUGAAGCUUUCCCUCUCCAUGAAGGUUGUUAACCAAGGCACAGGAAAGGACCUUGAUCCAAACAAUGUUUCCCUUGAUCAGGAUGAGAGGAAGAAACGCCCAUUCAGAGACUUCACGAGUCAGAAGAUCACCCUUGAAGCUGUCUUGAACACUGUGUGCAAGAAGUGUGGGUGCAAAGGUCAUUUUACCAAGGAAUGUUUCAUGCAACCUGGAGGUACCAAAUACAGCCUCAUUCCAGAAGAGGAGGAAGAGGAGGUGGCAGCAGGAGGAUGUGAAAGAGAUAAAAAGACCAGCGUGGCUGAUGAGUCUUCAAAAAAAAGGAAGAAGGAGAAGAAGAAAAAGAAGCACAGGAAUAAGCAGUCCUCUGAAUCAGCCUCAGAGAGCUCAGACUCAGAGAGUGAUGGAGAUCAGCCAGGCAGCAAGAGGACCAAGCACGUGGGGAAGCCCAGCAAGGCUCAGAAGAAGAAGAAGAAGAAAAAGAAGCAUAAGAAGAAGCCUCGGGAUUGAGUCCCUGACACCCCCUGAGUGAGCAGAGCUGAACCUGAGCCCCUUGCUCCAAGGACAAGGAGCUUCCUUCUCCUAGGAGUGACACUUGGAGUGUGUGGUACCAGCUGUUGACUUUGCAGCCUGCCAUUCCCUCUCACCAGUGGGCACACCUGCCCAAACUGGCUCAUUACACCCCUUCCUCAGCACCUCUUCUCUCCUGGGUCCUUGUGUUUUCCUGUGGGGGAGCUGCCAGCAAUCCAGAGCGUGUGGGCACCCAGCCUGGGUGACACCAGCCCCCAUCCAGCUGUCUCUAAAAGGUGGAGCCACGUGGCCAUGGUCUCCCUGCCUGUCCCCACACCGCCCUGGGGACAGAGCUGGUUGGUGUUGGGCCCUGUGAUGGGACCAUGUCCUCCCAGCCCUUAUUGAUGUGGAGCUACUUGGUUUUGGUGCAAACCUUCCCCCAGCCUCACUUGUUUUGCCUGCAACUGUCAGGAGUAAGAAACAAAUGGGGGAAUGGAGAUACUUUAAGUAAAGAUAAACUGUGGUGUGUUUAGUUCCUUGGUAAAGUGAGGGAAAAUACAUUUCUCCAGUCUCCAAGUGUACUUUGUACUGGGGUCUUUUGUAGUUCCCUUCAUAGGGAGGGUUGCAUGAGAGAGGCUGUGACCUGCAUGGAAAGGUUUUUUUCCAAGUCCUGGCUGCUUUCAGAGGUUCCCUGGGAUGGGUAGGGGGCUGUGGUGAGGUGAAGAAGCCUGCUCCCUUCAGCUGAGGAGCAACUGGGACAUAAAUGUAGCUGGAACUGAAGGUCUGAAGGGAAGGGCUGGUGCCUGCAUGGGCUCUGUGGUGGCUGCUGGAGGUUUGCUGGGGGCAGCUUGGUCCCUGUGGGGACAGAUGUGACACAUUGAGAGAGCUGAGUCACCCAGGGGUACAGAAAGCAGGACUGGCAGUGACCCCUGGGUGGAGCAGGAGGAUGUGGGGUGGCCAGAGGCACCUUGCCCUUUCUCCAUGUGCUUUGUCCUUCCCAGUGCCUCUCAUCCUAGUUCCAGUCUCCCUUUCUGGUCUGGUUCCUGUCCCCAGAUCAUCCUCAGGGUUCUUGUGACCAUGACCCUGGCAUGGGCACUGCCAGGCAUGACCCUCAUCUGGUGCUCUGGAGAGUCCCACCUGGAGGGCUGGGAUGGAGCCUGCAGGGGGAGUAAACCAGUAUUCCAGCCAGAAAAGCAGAUUUCUAACCCUAACCAUCCCUGUUAUUUCCACAGCUCAGAGAAGGAGUGCUACUAGGAUCAUUGGGUGUUUAACCCUGUCACUGCCAAGCUGGAUUUACUCCCAUUUCCUCCCCACAGCUCCUCGUGGUUCCACACUCUGGGUGUGCCCCCCAAAAAAAGCCUUUUCCCAAGUAAACUGACUGCAGAGCUGUAACAACAUGGCCUUUAUUUUUUUUUUCCCAAGUGUUUUUUUUUUUUUCUCCAUUAUUAAUUAAAAAAAAAAAUGGAAAAAG